GCUGUUUGAGACGACUCCGCUCGGCAGCAUCCUCAACAGGUUCUCCACAGACACCAACACCAUCGACCAGCACAUCCCCACCACCCUGGAGUGCCUGUCCCGCUCCACCCUGCUGUGUGUGUCCGCCCUGGGCGUCAUCUCCUACGUGACCCCCGUCUUUCUCUUCGCCCUGCUGCCGCUCACCAUCGCCUGCUACUUCAUCCAGAAGUACUUCAGGGUGGCCUCCAGGGACCUGCAGCAGCUGGUGGACAUCACCCAGCUCCCGUUGCUCUGCCACUUCUCUGAGACAGUGGAAGGUCUCACCACUAUCAGGGCCCUCAGGUAUGAGCCCCGGUUCAGACAGAGGUUACUUCAGUUCACGGACGCUCACAACAUCGCCUCUGUCUUCCUCACGGCAGCCAACCGCUGGCUGGAGGUCCGCAUGGAGUAUGUUGGAGCAUGUGUGGUGUUGGUGGCAGCCGUGGCCUCCAUCACCAACUCUCUCUACAACGAGCUGUCCACUGGCCUGGUGGGGCUGGGCCUGACCUACGCACUCCUG